GUAAUGUUUAAAUGCAGUUCCAUUAGAGUUUAAGAUAUUUUAAUUAUCUCGUAAGAGAAUCAUAGUAUAUUUCUUAUUAUUAAGAUAAAUCAAUGUACGUGAAAUGGAAGCACCCGCUGUAGAAAGUCUGCCUUACUGUAAGGAAUUGUGGUUCUUAAUAUCGGAUACGGUAUGCCGGUGCGAGAGACAGCUCGUCGAAGAUGAAAUUAAAAAGGAAACAAAACUCCUCAAGGAAGGUCUUCUAUAUUUUAAACCGUACACAGAAGCGUCGCUGCAAAAUAUACCCAAGAACGAUCCUUCGCCUCGAAUGUACGAACUAAUUAGUAAACUUGCUCCUCUUCUGAAUCUGGACGCUACGAUUACGUGGGACCUAGUUUGUAAUUUCAUAAAGUACGAAUAUCGCAAUUGCACAGAAACGUUCGCGUCUCAGCUUGUGGAUUAUACUUCCAUGAAAGUGUUGAUCAACGAUAUAUGGAACUUUUACUAUUCCGAAAGAAUGACCCUGAUAAAAUGCCUAAAACUUAUGGUCGAAUAUAAAGACAACGAACACCGUUACCAAAAGGAAUUCGCCAAGUUUUUCGAUAGCGUUCUAUUCGGAACGUUGUUGGAAUCCAUUCAGAAACAAAUAGAAACAUUGAAGACGGUGAACCCACCUGUUAGAUCCCAACUAUGUACGGAGGAGUAUUUGCACAGGUUAUAUAACAGCAGCCUUGUUGAAAUGCGAGAAUUACUUCACAUAUUAACGGUCAUCAUUCAUGAUAUACAUAUUGCGGACAGCGAAUUUUUGAAAUUUUACGAAAGCAUCGGGGGGGAACCAAGGCGCUUGGCAAGCACAAAAAGUCACGAGGACAAGAAAGCAAUUGCAAAGAAAAUCAAAGAAAUACAGCACAGUCAAGCGGCUCUAUUUUUGGUAGCAUUGGACGUCAGAAAACAUGUCGACAUGGAAGAUUGGAUACGAAGCGUUAGAAACAGCAUGCAAGAAACCUUCGAGCACAAAUGCAUCCGCGACAGUUACCCGCAAGACAGCCCACUGUUUCUGUCGUGGAUGUUGGCAAAUUACGCCAUCGAUCCGGAAAAUAUGGACACGUUAAACCGAUUCAAACCGUUCGGUAUCAAAGCCAUACAACUCAACGUCUUCCAUUACUUGCAGGAUUUAAUGAACACCGAAAUGAUCUGCGAAAAGACUCAUUACGCGGAAGUCGUGCACAGCAGCGUGUACAACCUCCUUACCUUGGUGUGUGCGUUCGUGGACGAAGAAAAACUCAGCGUACUGAACGGUAUCUUCGAUGCUGUUGCCGCCACGAUUCAGUUCCCCAAAACGGCGGCGCGAUUUUGGGAGGAACGGGACGACGGUUUAUGGUUGAUCUACAAGUUCGCGGCUGAACAAUUCCCGUACGAAUUCGAGCCACUGACGAACAUUGCGAUCGGUUUGGCGAGCGCGUCUGAAGCGAGUGCUGAAAAAAUCGCGGCGGAGCUGGACAAUCUCCAGUCGCUGACGCUGGAGGUACCGCGACAGAGGGACCACAAUAAACCCUUCAAACCGUACGAGCAAGAGUGUAUGAUCCAUAAAAACUCGUACGCGAUAGCUGAAGAUUCUCUGCGCGAGAAUAUACGCAUGUCCAGCGACCGCGAGGUGGUGAUAUUUCGGCAGAAAGCGUGCUACUGGGACGCCUUGCACUACAAGAUAGAGCAGCUCUUCUCUCAAGCUGGAGGUGGGAUCACGAAUAUCAGCGAGAUGACCAAAAACUUGCCCGAGAUCGUAUCGCAAGGGUUGAAGUUACUGAAAACUCUAGCCAAAUAUAUAGGGAUACCUCAAAGUAUGGUCAUACCAACGGAGCUAAGCUUCGAGAUCAUCAACAGAUUCUCCUAUCCAGUAUUACCCGAGGACAAGAUGUACAUAUACAAAAUCGUUGCAGCGUGCAUCAGUAUUUCAUCCGAGCUCGUUCUAGAGUAUCCUGAAGAGAUACUCUCAAGGAUGCGCGCAGGCGUUUAUCCAAGGUUCAACAACCGUUACCAGAAGACGUUGGACUUCGCGGAAGCCGUUUCGUUCGACGGCGGUAUAAUCGCGUCCUGGCUGUCCUCCAUCGAAACGAUCGCCCAUUCCUAUCCAAUUUUGAACGCGUACUUGGAUAUCCUGUCGAAGUACUUGAUCAGGAAGUACAACGAGGAAGCUUUGUACACGGUUGAGAUUCCAGGAAUGGUGUUCUUGUUGCAAGGUGUUCUGCCUAAAUUGGAUUCUUGGUACUUCGAUUCGGACGCGGAGAGGACCGAUCUAUGGUUGAAGAGCAUGUUCUGUCUUCACAGAGCUCUCGAGUCUAGUCUACCGAAAGAAGACAUACGGAAUGAAUUGCAGCUGGUGGUCGCGUAUAGUUUAUUGUAUCUGGAGCCAAGGCACGCGUUGCUGAAGCUGAUCCGCACGGGUGAACGUACACUGCACAAUAAAAUGAUGGCUGAAACUGAUUGGAUCCGCGGUAAAGGGUUCAAGGCGAUCAAGAGUGUACAGCUGGCUCUAUCUGUGGUGAAUAGAUUGCUGAUCUUCAGGAAAUCAUUGGGACUGGAGACAGGAGACAGAUCUCCGUUGGAAGCUGCCUUGUAUUCUUCGCCUCGUGUGCCCAAUGGUCUCUUAAUAGUGCCCACGAUCGUUAACUAUCUCUAUGUCUGGUUCAGUCCACCGUUGCAAGCCAUGGCUGUCAGGCUGCUGAAGAAGUUUGCUGAAGGAUCUUCCAUGUCUCUCCUCGUCUGCAUGGGCAUGGACGGUACAGCUAUCAGAGAAACCUUCGCGUCCCGUAGAGGACUCAUGUCGCCAACUUGCGUGGCGGAUGUUAAAGUCGCCAUCCUCGAGUUGGUCGCUGUUUGCCUGGAGAAGCAACCAGGCCUGACGGAGGCUCUCUUCAACAUCGUGCACCCGGCAGAAUGCAAACGGAUCUUCCCUAGAUCGGUCGAGGAGUUCUUCACGGAAGGGUGCAGACAGUUCUUGGUGAAAUACUUGAACCGGAUUUACGAGAAGGGGGACAUCGUGUGCGACAAGUUGUAUAAUAGCACGAUGGCGUUGCUGAGAGCGAUGUGGUACCACAGGAACGAAAUUCUAGUCAAUUUCUUUCGCAAACGAGAGAAGUUCUGGACUCAUUUGUUUGCACCUCUUUUCAGAGAUCUAGUGCCGGGCGCUAAGGGUUACUCUCACCUGUUAGACAUAAUCACCCUGGAGCUGUUCAAGAGUUCCGUGCUGGAAGACGACUUCUCCAUGAACCUGAGAAAAUUUCUGGACAAGUCGAAAGAUUAUUGGAAGAAGCUGGCGAUCUACAUACUGGAGGAUGUGCAUUCCGAAGGCGACAGGUCGUUGAAUUACGAGAAACAGGACACUAGUAUCCUGCAUUCCCAGUACGAAAGUAAUCUGGAAUCCUGGUACAAUUUCAUCGUCACGCUGACCGAUGAAAGGAUCGCGACCAACUAUCCGGUGAACGUGAUCCAGGCGCAGCUGAUAACGCAGCACUCUCUAGGCUCGCUGUUGGAACGGGUGAAACAGUCCCACGACCUUGGUAGCAGAAAGAUCACGAUGUUGCUAGCGUCUCUGUCCCUGCGUUGCAUCACCUCUUGGAAGCAGAUAUGCGUAGACGACUCGAGGAUCUUCAAGACAGGCUUGACGCAGCUGAUGCAGGAGAUCGGCCAGGCCUACCGCAGCUACGGGAAGUCGUUGCGUCAGACGCUGAUGUCUUUGCUCCUUGGUUGCGUGCAGUGCGUGAAGAAGACGUUGCGCGAGGACGCAACGAGCCUCGAGUACCUUCUGGCGCACUCCUGCACAAUCGCAGCCAGCGAGUUGGAGCAACUGAGGGAGGCAGCCGUUCAGUUCGAGAAACGGAAGCAACAGCAGCCGAUAGAACGCACGGUGGACGAGAAGGGGACGAUCGGUAGCGUGACGGCCCAGAAGAACGCCGAUGAGAUGAACGCGGAGACCCUCCGUGGAAUUCGCGAGAGUUUGCCCGCCACUUUGGCUGUCUGCAUGGUCACGCAACUGUUGCGGUCCUACGUGGAGCGCAGCUCGCUGUCGAAGCAGCAGCGCAAGUCAGGAUGCGUGCAGCUACGGCAAAUGAUACCCGAGCUGAUGGCCUGCAUCGGCAUCACCUUGCAGAAGUAUCCUUAUCUGAGAUUCAGCACAGCGGCGCUCAACCUGCUCAACCUGAUCGUCCGUUCCCCGUACACCCUCCACCCUAUCAACGAGAACGACAUUGCAAAGCUGUGGCUGAGCCUGAUUCCACCCGCUGACAUCGGCAACAGCAUGCUGGACUCCUUGUACGACGACUGCACCAACGGGAAGUGGCGUUGCCAGGAUUGGUGGCCGCUCUACACCCUAGGUUUGGAGUUCCUCACUGGAUUAGUGACCAGAGAAACACCCACAGUCUAUAUAAAAUCUAUUGUCAUGUUUCUUGACUCCCACGAGCACCAGUUGAUGGUCGCGUCGACGUUGCUCAGACACACUGCGGACCUUUUAGCUGCUGAUCUGGUACAAUCCUUGGUUGCGCUCAUCAACAUCAUGGCCACGCUGCCGUACGUUUGGAACUCGAUACAGAAGAGCAUAUGCGAGACACUGAUCAAGUGCAUGUACCUGGCGUACGACAACACCGUGAACCUGCUGCUGCGCCCGCGGAUCCUCAAGUUCAUCAUCGACGGUAUCAGCAUGGAGAGCGCGGAGGAGCUCGAGUCCUGCGACAAACGUUCACCGAGCGACGAGCUGAAGCUGCUGGUGAACAAGCUGAUCAUCAUAAACACGACCUGCGCGCUCAGUUUCGUUUACUUCUCGCCCAGACUGAACACCCUGGUGGACACUAUAUACACCCAGGACUUCUGGUACACCCCCAUGGCGGAGAUGAACUUUGGACCGCCACAGAUGAGCAUAAUCUCCGGUCCACGGUUGACGUACGGCACCAUCAUCAGCUCCACGCAGCUGUUCACGCAGGCUCUUCACUCCAGGUCUCAGCCAGUGAGCUCCUCGUCGGUGUCCUUCGUUGGCCAGAACGACAAGACGGAUUCCGCCAAGAGGGAAUGGGAACACGCCACUCCUGAAGACAGAAGGAUGCACACGAGCAAGGAUCUCAGGAGGAUGAUCCACGCCGCUUCCGGCUCGGCUUCUAGGUCCUCCAACGUGGCUGGGGACUUUCUUGCGUACGUCAGCGGCCUGGACGUGACUGUGCCGCUGUUGAGCAGCCCCAGGUUGGUCAGAAGGCCUUACGAUCCUCUCAUUUGCGAGAACACUAUACUGUCCAGAGCAACAGCCUUGACCAGUGGUAGACACGUCACCAAAGGAGGUGGAUCGAUCACUGGGAAAAGCGGCAGCAGCCCUGUUAUUACCAAAUAUCAGAAGUUCAGCGAUCCUUGGUUCGAAUCUAUGGACGAGAACAACACGAGGCUGGCGCUUGAAAUCAAUCUCGUGUUGAUAUUGUGCCAAGCCCUAGAGGGCGUCAGGAGCCCGAGGAUCGCUCUCAGAGACCGUCAGCUGAUAGCGCGGGAAACGAUCACGGAACUGGGAGUUUUCUUCGAUUUCCUCGAGCACCGAGGCACGCCUGACAACUGGCCAGUGAAAGGAUCGUUGAUCAGCGCGGAUACAAAGAGCGUCAGGACGAUAGAUCAGUCGGUCGAUCCCAGUUACAAUAUUUUACCAGCCAGAUUGAAAGAAUCGCACAGAGAGGCACUCGAGGAGGACAUUUUCACUACCGGACGGUUCACGACCAACGUCAGCAGCGUACAAUUUCUACCGCUGAUGGGCAAGCUGCUGAAGGCUGUCGUGGAGUCCUUGGACUUGAUACAGUAUCGAUAGCGACGGUUACAAAAUAGGACGAAUUACGUGUUAAAUUAACACUUUACCGACCGGUAGCGGUUGAUUAAUCGGCUAUCGGUCGGUAAGCGUUGGUCGGUAAAGAAGUUGAUUAAUAGGCUAUCGGUCGGUAAUGUGUUAAGAAUAAACGAAAGGAGAAAUUUGGCAGUGUACAAAAGAAACAAAGUUUUUUUAUAAUUAUUCGGUGUACGUUGGAAUUCGUAAUAAAGUAACGAUUUUUAUUAUAACCUUCUUG